AUGGGCUACUUUAAAUUCUGGGAGAGCCUAGUCGCAGGAUCCCACAACAACGACCUUGCGAUUUUCGUCUUGACAUACACACUUGCACCACACGCGCGAUACCCGUUGCAGCUCUCUCAAGCUGUUGAGGCACUUCGGUAUAUUUUGACAGAAGCACAUAGACCCCCUGGCCAAGUCAUAGUUGGUGGGGACUCUGCUGGCGGGAAUUUGGCAUUGGGAGUGCUCAGCCAUCUGACUCAUGGGAACCCGGCUAUCGCAAAGCUUGAAAUCACCGAACCUUUAGGUGGACUCGCUCUCAUUGCCCCCUGGACCUCACUCGACUAUCAGCCCCGGGAGAAUUUGGUCUGCAGAGGCGAUAUUCUCACCCCACAUGUUGCUGGCCCAUGGUCUCGUGCAUAUUUGGGGCACUCAAAGAGGGAUUAUUACACUGAUCCAUCUACUGCGCCCUUUACCUGGUUUCGAGAUUUUCCAGUGAAAAAAGUUCUAAUUCUAGCUGGACAAAACGAAAUCAUGCUUCCUGAUAUCAAGGAUUUUGUGGCAAACUUCAAGGUAUGCUCCUAUUCAACUGCCAUGACGAUUUAG